CUCGGGGGAAAUGUCCCUGUACCUUCUGUAAGUCUCUCUGGAUAACAGUGUCUGCUAAAUGUAAAUGUAAUCUAUGGAAACAGUUAAUCCUCGCUAAUCUUAAUAACUUUUUGAAAAUGUAUCCUGGAUGUUGCCAUCUGAAUUAUUUUGGAUUUUUUUUCUUCAUCAAUGCCCUUUGUUUACCCUAGGUGGGGCUGUGUCUUAAUUGUGGACUUUUGUGGUGCGCGUCCCUCCAACCAACGUGGACCAUGAUGUGCUUGUUGCUUAGAGACGAAAAGCUAGCUAGCAGGACUGAUGAUGAUUUCCUGUGUUUUGAAAAAUCGUCUUGUUGGCUCAGUCUAGUCUAGUCGAGCACUAUUUCUCAUUUCGAAAAAUGAUUACUAUCUAACGUAUGGGAUGCCAACGUUUCGUUAUUUGAGCCAAGCAGCUAACCAAUUCCACAAUAUUUUGUUGUGCCAUGAUUUAUGAGUGAUGAAUAAUUACAGUUUUCUCAGAGUUGUUGGAAAGGGGAGUUACGGGGAGGUGAAUCUGGUGAAACACAAAACAGACCGAAAACAAUAUGUCAUAAAGAAGCUGAACUUGACCACGUCGUCUAAACGUGAAAGACGCUCUGCGGAGCAAGAGGCGCAGCUCCUUUCGCAGCUUCGACAUCCCAAUAUCGUGACAUACAGGGAGUCGUGGGAGGGAGAAGAUUGCCAACUCUACAUUGUCAUGGGUUUCUGCGAGGGAGGCGACCUAUAUCAUAGACUGAAGCAGCAAAAGGGUGAACUCCUUCCUGAGAGACAAGUUGUGGAAUGGUUUGUCCAGAUAGCAAUGGCCCUCCAGUACCUACAUGAAAAGUGUAUUCUGCACCGUGACUUGAAAACCCAGAAUAUCUUCUUGACCAAAACCAACAUCAUCAAAGUGGGGGACCUUGGAAUUGCCCGGGUUCUAGAAAACCAGAAUGAUAUGGCAAGCACUCUCAUAGGAACACCAUAUUAUAUGAGCCCUGAACUUUUCUCUAACAAACCUUACAAUCACAAGUCUGAUGUGUGGGCACUUGGUUGCUGUGUGUAUGAGAUGUCCACUCUGAAACAUGCCUUCAACGCUAAGGACAUGAACUCCCUGGUGUAUCGAAUUGUAGAGGGAAAGUUGCCUCAGAUGCCCAGUAAGUAUGACCACCAGCUGGGGGAGCUGAUCAAGAGCAUGCUGUGUAGGAGGCCAGAUGAUAGACCGGACGUUAAACUCAUCCUACGACAGCCCUACAUCAAACACCAGAUUGCCAUGUUCCUAGCUGCCACCAAAGAAAAAACUGCUAAGUCGAAAAAGAAAGUGGCGGUUGGCAGUAACAGGGCCAGCAGUACAGCGUGUGCAGUGUCAUCUCAGCCUAAGUGCCCCCAACACAUCCCCCAAGCAGAGCCCAACAUCAAAGGGGCACAGCAAGCGGAGUCUCAGUCACAGGAACACAAAGCUCGCAGCAGAGCCCUGGAACCCUGCCUGCCCCAGACGCCUCUACCACAGGAACCCCCGCCACCUGACAACCUCAACAUCAGCAGUGCGUCCCUGGCAACACUGAGUAACAUUGACAUUGAUAUCCAUCCACUGCGACCGGAGGAGAGACCGGCCCUGGGAGACAUGCCCCAGACCGCCGCGUCAAAGGCCCAUCACGAUCCACCCCUCCUCAGACCCGCAGGAGGAAGGAGGAGCGGGGAGAAACUGAACACCCCCGUGCCUCCGCCCCGAAAGUUCCUAUCAGGUGUCAGAAAUGGGAGAGGAGAAGGGAAGAAGCUGUCCAACGGACCGACCAUGCAAUGUGUUCAUGGAGCCCCACAAGCGGCCCCAAAGCUCCGAGCCACGGAGGACGAGAGGAGUCGAACUGUUGAUCUGGAGGAUAAGGACGAUACCAUGGAGCUACUUAAGGAUGUGGCUAUUGAGAGUCCAGCUCCCGAACUGAAAGCAGUGAUGUCUUAUGUUUUGAACAGUUUGCCCACGUGUAAAGGGCCUGGAAAUGUCCAUGUGGAAUCCAUUGAGCAAACAGUAGCAGUGAAUGCAGAUAGUAAAGAUGACACUACACAUCUGCUUAAAGCUGUUCCAGCACCAAACCAUUUAUCAGAUGUCAGAGAGAGCCUUGAAUCCACAGAAAAGCUGUUAGAAUCCCAGCCUCUGGUACCUGAUCAUGUAGAACCCUUGUCACCGGUUCCAGAGCAGGAUCCGGCUGCGAUGUUCCCUCACUCCUCUCCUUUGGGACCUUGGGUUUCCCGGGCGCGCAGACAGAAGGACAGGAGUGGAACUUCUGGUGACGAGGACAAAACAGUGUCAGCUCAGAGACCCCUGCCUCCGCCUCCGGUCAGCGUGUUAGAGGGGAGGAGGAGGAGCAGGGAUUAUGCUGAGAAAAACUGCUCCGCACCCUCAGCCCCCACCUCGGGGAGCACCGCCAAGGAAAAGCAUACCCCACUACCUCAGGAACGCCCCAUGUCUGCCAGAGAGAGGAGAAGAUUAAGGCAGUCGCAAGAAAACCUCAGCCAACCAGCUGUCCAUGCAGUAAGAAGGGCUUCUUAUGACGUAGCCUCAUCUAACAGUAAGCAGCCAGAGAGUCGGAAUGUCCCUGUCACAGGCUGUGUGUCUGACCUCACCAGGGAAAACAUCAAGGCAGACAGGUUGCGUCGACCGUCAGAUGAGGAUGAAUGCAGUUCAUCCACAAGCUCCACUGAUCGCUCUGAAGGAGACUGCAAAGAAGGAAAGAGCGAAUCCAAUGAUAUGCAGGAUCUGGUUCAGAUGAUGACGCAGACAUUACGAAUGGAUGUCAGAGAGGCGGUUUGCGAACCCGACGGUUGUAGCAUUGGCUCUCGUGCUCUGCCUGAAUUCAGACUGAACAGGAGGUACAGAGACACCCUGCUGCUUCAUGGGAAAGCCAGAGAGGAGCAAGAUUUCCCCUUCAGCGAAAUACCAACUGACACGACAGGGCCAGCAAAGAUCCGGAGGGCCAUCGAGAAGCUACGGACAGACGUAGUGAAGGGACUAGGGGUGAAACUACUGGAUGUCGUCUUGGACAUCAUGGACGAGGAAGACGAGGACAAACGCAAGCUACGUCUCCAGGAGGAAAUGGGGGAAGAGAAAUACCAAUCCUAUGCUGUGAUGGUGCGGCAGCUGAAGUUCUUUGAGGAUGUUGCCUUUAAGGGCUAGGUGGUUUAGCCUUUAGAAACAUGCAUUACAUGAAUCAUGUUAUGUUUGUAUAGACAAUCUAUGCCAUUUCAAUAUUCAGUUCAACAUUAUUGUAGACAUUUUUUACACAUGAACUUUACAUACUAUUAUGCAAUAAAUGUGAAUUCCGUUACUGUUACAUGUGUAGUUACAAUAUUUAACAUUUAAUGAAAUCUGAACUAAUGGUAGAAUUAGACUCAAAUCCUCAAACAG